GCGACCCACAAGGAUCACAUGGUGCGAACCUCCGCCAGAACGGCCUAUCUCUGUUUGCUUCGGUUGGAGAACGACCAGGUGCGCAACGCUACGAUCGAGGUGACGCAUGCCCAAGAAAUUCCACGACUGACAGACAGUUUGCGUGCUUCCUGGGCCUCCAUGACUCUGGCGGUGCAGCGUGGAGAGAGGGACUCCUUCCGUGCCGCUUUGGAGCUCGAGGAGGACACCCUGGCGCACAUCGGCGAGCUGCUGCAGCUCAGGAUGCCCGAGCUCACGGAGGCCUGCGACUUGUGGGACUCGGAA